UUGCUCUUUUUUUUUUUUUAGAGUUAGACCAUAUUUGUUCGCUAUUGGCGACUAUUAGUUACAACAUCCUGCGAGGAAUUUUAAAGAAAACAAUCUGUAGUCUCCAUCGUGUUUAUUUUAGUCAGGUGAGCGGGACUCUCUCCAUUUUAGCUAGCGAGAAUAAUUUCUAAACGGUAAAAUCCGAGAUGGCAAUCAGAGAUCGAUAUGGAAUUAGCUAUACAAUUGGCCCCCAUGAGUGACCUGAAAAUCCUGCUUUUUAGGAACAGUCCUUCACCUUUAAUCCCUUUAGGAUUCGUAAAGUGACAUCAGUGUCGGCGAAGUAGCUAGAAGACCAGCACGAAUCAGGGUGAAGUUGCGUCCGAGUUUUACCUUUCAACACACGCCUUUUUGCAAUUAGCAUAUUAGAUUACCGUUUUCGGGGGAAGAGCCGGCAACGCCGAGUUGAGUUGAGGGCAUCCCAUGGCCAUCGCACGUUUUCCCGGGAAGAGUGGGGACGCUAACUGGAGCUCCCCGACGGUGGACCGACUUUUGUGCGUAAACGGGACGCCGUGGAUUCUUUACCUCCUAGAGGAGUGUGUGGAUAACGUGUGGGAGUACAGCAGCGUUGUGGUCGGGCUCGUUUCUAUGUGCUGCAUUCUGCUAUCCUGUUUACCUCAGGUCCGUGAAUCCUAUCUGAAUGGUAAAGUGGAUGAGGCCAUGUCUUUUGGCUUCCUCCUCUUCCUCUUCAGUGCUGACAUCACCAAUCUUGCAGGCUGCUACCUCACCAGACAGUUGCCAAUUCAGGUGGUUGCAGUGGUUUUCUACAUCUUUGCAGACCUGAUUCUCAUCUCACAGUUUAUUUAUUAUAAGAUAAAGAACAACUUAAACAGAGAGAACCCUGUGUUGAAAUGGGUGUGCUACCUGUGGUGUGGCGCUGGAACACUACCCCUGCUGGUUUUACCCAAACUCAUCAUAGACAAUAUUAAAACCUCAGAAUCUCUUACACCAACUUCAUCUAAAUCAUUGGAGGUUUCUGGCUAUAUAUGUGGAUACCUUGCCACUGUCUUCUACCUCUCAUCCCGCUUCCCACAGCUCUAUAAAAAUUUUCAAAGGCAGUCUACUGAGGGCACCUCCUACCUGCUGUUUGUACUGGCAAUGUUGGGCAAUGGGACCUAUAGCUUGAGCAUCAUAAUGGUCCUACCGGCACUAAAGGACUCCAAACAGAAUUUCAUCAUCAGCCAUCUGGCCUGGCUCAUCGGCAGUCUGGGAGUCCUGAUUCUGGACUUCUUUGUAACAAUCCAGUUUGUUGUGUACAGAAAGAAUAACUCUGGCAGAAGACAUACACCACUCGCUGCACUGGAAGUAGAGCCUCUGAUGUAUGAGGAAGAUGAGAUGUGUGUUGGACCCCAUCCCAGCUGACUUUGGACGAGAUGCGAGGUACACCCUGGACUGGUCGCCAGCCUAUCAUAGGAGACCCAGACAAUCAUGUACACUCACAUUCACACCGGAGUCUUCAAAGAACCCAACAGGAGGCAUGUGCACAGAAAUUUUUGGGGGUGGGGGAUGCUCAAGUAAAAAAAAAUAAAAGGGCACCUAUUACUAUUCAUAAACUAAAAAUCACAGCAGUAAAUAUUAUACUUAUUAUUUUUUGUUAAACAUUCUAAUCAAAUAGAACAACUCUAACUAUCAAAUGAAUAACAAUAUUCGAACAUAAAAAAAUCUGAAUAAAUGAAAUAAAAAUAAAUCAUCUAGUCGCUACUUCACAGGAGGUUUGCCGUCCUGAGGAAAAUUUUUAUGACCUUUGUAGAACAGAGGCUUGGCCAUGUUCUAUAAUUUCAAAAUACUGUAAACCACAGCUACUUUAUGUUUUUCUCUAGUUCCAACACUUCUACUACAAAAUGUGUGGUCAUGCUUCUUUUCUUUGUCAGGCUUUCACAUCAAAAUAAUAUUUUAAAUGAAAUAAAACUAUUGAAGCAGUC